GAUUCAGGACCGCGAACAGCUUCUGCUUCCUCAAAAUGCUCCUCUAAAGCUAAAUUGACGACUGAGUUUGUCAGCUCAAGCUCGAUGAAGAAGCGAAGUCAGAACGCAUCCAAGCUCCCUCCUCGUUGCGCGACUUCAGCUCAAACAUUGUUUGAGCUCUCCGACCCCCUCUUUAGCUCUUUAGCUCGAUAUCCGGGUAGUUUACUGCUCUGGUUGCCAUUUUCUAAGGUUAUAUGCCCCCUAUUAUCCGCCGUGCUUCCAGAGCAUUGAAGUAGAAAAUCAUCCAGAAUUCUCGUUCAUCCAACUCAGUGUGGGGGGAAAACGAUUUAAGGAAGUUGCAUUUCUAACUAUUACAAGGUAAUUCUUGCUCCUCCUCUAGUUUGGUUAUUGUUAUGUCGUCUCUUGGAUAAUCAAUAAUCAUGCCUGUAACUUUAUUUUUUUGUUUUGAUAACUGGAUUUGUUUGUGGGUUAAUAAGAUGAGAAAACAAAGGCGCAAUCCAGGUGGGGAGCAUAUGUAUUUCUCUAGGCAGCACAAAAUUGAUUUUACCAACCACCUUGUGAGCAUGCAUAGAGCUAGUGAAAUUAGGGACAAUAACAUUACUAGCUAUGUAGUUCCCGAAAUCCAACGCCGGUUGAACGGCUAAUAUGGCACCUCCUUCUCCUCUAAUAGUAUAAGAGGCAAGUACUAUGCAUUGCGCGAGCUGACCAAACUCUACAUUGCCUUCAAGAGGCGGGGAACGGGAAUGGGUUGGGAUAGCCAGAAGUUUACCUGGCUUAUGGACGAUAGCCAGUGAGCCGAGAUGGAGCAGGUCAACCCAAAGUUUGCAAAAUUUCAAAAUAACUGUACCAUCUAUCAUUUGCUUGAGGAGGUCUUUGUCAAUCAAGGCGCGACGAGAGAACGAGCCCAGUACUUCAGCCGAGGAGCAAGACAUGAAGACUGCUGCACGACUUGCACGGGGAAAGGGAAGGUCGGACUUUGCAGCUGAGGAUGCUGAAGUUGAGGUAGGAGGGGUCACCUCAGUGAAAGGGAAGAGGGGGAAAGGAAAGCGGAAGUCGGGUGAUUGCUCAAGCGGUAGUCCUAUGUCCACUGCCUCUGGAUCAGUGACUGACAGAUACCUCAGGGCUCUUGACACCAUUGAAUCGCUGGUUAGUCGAAAGAAGAGCUCCAGCAUGAGUGUCUCAGUUAGUUCUCCGAACAAGCAUCGUUCUAGCCGUGAUGUCUCGAAAAAAAUCGACUAUGACGUUGCCAUGGAUGAACUUCAGGGAUUAGAGAACGUGCCCUACGUAGCCAAAUUUGCUGCUGCUGCUGAAAUACUGAAGGAUAAGCAAGAGCUGGCUGUUUGGAAUUUAGCUGGAUCUGACGCCGACUGCAUCACCUGGAUGAAGUUAAAAGGCUAUUUCCCGCCUGACCCUCAGGAGCCCUAUCCCCCACCCCUAUUUUAGUUGGUUGCCUUGUUCAUCGGGAGCACUUAUUUGGAGCUUGAGUUGUUGCCUUUGUUUGUUUAUACUUGAGACAAUUAGUUGUAGCAUUUGCUACCGGAACUUGGACUUUAAUUUUUCUUAGUGUUAUCAUUUGUUUAUUUAAAUUCCGGAUGCUAUGAGGCCAUGACUUUGUUGAGGAUUUGACAAUUCUUAAUGUUGAGUAUUU